AUAUUUAAUCUCAUUGUCAAUAAAAUAUGUCAAAGAAGUACUUCGAUAGACUGAUGACCGGGUCAGGCUACUCAGGCAAGAAAGUAAAAUCUAAAUUUGGGGAAGCCAUGCUAAAGAAGAUGGGCUGGGACGAGUCCAAAGGACUUGGCAAGAACCAGAACGGCGAGACUGAAUGCUUCCAAAUCAAGAGACGUGAGGAAGGAGCAGGUCUCGGUACUGAAGAACAGAAGGAAAAGGGCAAGUUUAAGUGGAAUGACGAGUUCUGGAUCAAAAUGUAUGAUAAUGUAGCGAAGAAAAUCACUGAACAGCAUGAAAGCGACCCUACUGAUAGCUCAGAUGACGAGAUUACCAUUGUUAAGCAUAAGAAAAUUAGGGUGUCCCAGAGUAUGAAAAUUGAUGAUAAGAUGCUUUUUAAGGCCAAAUCUUCAAAAGAUGAGUCAAAGAAAAAGCGUAAGCUUAAAAGGAGGAACAAAAUCAGAUCUUUCAAAGUAGAUUUCUAAUCCUAAACUAUUUCCCAUCUCAUAUUUUAACUAGCUCCUAAAAAGUCGUGUUAAUAUUC